AUAGUCGCCAACACUACCUUUGCAUGAGAUGAGAUAAUUCGACGAAGAACAGUUAUGUUAGAAAAGGGCUAGGGGCAAGGUAAAGAAAUGGAAAUUGUUUCUGAACUUGUUCGCGAGGGUAUCUUUCUUAGUUUGGACGUUGUUAUUUUAGGGUUCAUUUAUAAAUCUUACGAGUCAUGUGCUGCCUAUAUUCAGGCACUUAAGGAAGCAGAACAAGUUGAAAUAUCGGAGCUUAGUCAGCUGGCAGCCCCCAAAAGUCAACCAAGGAGCUGGCUUCAGUUUUGGACAAAAAAUAAAUCAGCACCUACCACAUCAGGAACUCAGAAUGACUUUAGAUAUGUGUGUCUGAGAGGGAUAGUGGAGCCACUUGACAAAUCAAAAUUACUGAAGAGUACAGACAACAAAAGCACUGGAGUGAUUCAAAAAAUUAUAACUAAAGAAGUUGCCAAAGUUCGCAAUUGGACAAGGCUGUGGGUUCAUGAGGAAAGAAUUGUAAAAAAUUUUCAGCAUGAAGUUCCUUGGGGUUUGAAAUCACAAGAAAUAUCCAAUCCUCCUGUCUUUCUUUUAAAUGUUAAAAUAGCCAAUGCUACUAAGCAGACAGUAGUCCAAGUUAUAGAAGGAUUAACGGCCGAUCGUCUUGAUAUAGCUGUCGUCAGAAAUGAGUUCACUCCUGCUGCCUUUUCCCCAUCUGGUUGGCUCGGCGGAUGGGUUAGUGGUGUUCAGCUCAAGGGAAUUAAUGAAGUUGAAGAAAUGGUUAUUGACGGUUCGCUAAUGACAGCCGUCGGUGAAUUAGUCGUAAGCAGCGAUGGUACCAUGCAGCUGAGAUCACCAAGCAAUUCUGACCAAGCUUUACCGUUUAUUCUUUCUACUUUGCCUUACAGCGCACUGCUGAGCACCUAUGAAACCCGUAUCAGCGUUUGCAAGUGGAGUCUAUUCUUUUUUGGUGGCGUUGGCAUAGUUCUUUGUUAUCUUAUGAUUCGCAAAAUUCAUGAUGGUCGACGACAUGCCAGAGAAGAAGACGAUAUUCUUCGUGAUCUUUGCGAGUCACGUCGGUCAACUGGAGAAAAUGAUGACCUACCGGAAGAGCAGCGCUGCGUAAUAUGCCUGGUUCGAAAUCGGGAAGUUAUUGUUCUUCCAUGCGGUCACUUUUGCCUCUGCGCCGAUUGUAUGGUAGGCAUCAGGCGGGAAAAUAUACUACAGAGGAAUUGCCCCAUGUGCCGACAAAGAAUUAAGCAAAUUAAAAGAGCUUUUGUUCCUUAAGUAGCUUUUGCCUUGUUUUGGAUGAAAUCUUUGACAUAAAAAAAGAUGCCCUACACAACAAUGUCUCUAAAUCUUUUGAGGCAUUAUAAUAUAGGAAAUUAUGUCAGUUAUUCGUGAUGUAAUACAGCCGACCAUUUAUUAUUGGAGUAAAGUUUUAUCAUAACAAAAAUAUUGUGACGAAACUGAUUCAAAGUUUAUUGAAUGAAAAUCACCCAUAUUUAAUCAAUUAAUAAACAAUAAUCCGUAAAA